UUGGAUGUCAACAGCUCGAGAGAGAAUAAUGAAGUGUAUGGAACAGUUCUGAACGGACAAGCUAGCUCGGCGUGGCCGGAAUCGCAUUUACAAAACGAAAUAAUGUUCCGCUUGCCGAGACCGCUUAAUGCUAACGAUGAAAUAGAAAUUAGUGGAAGAAUGAUUCCAAAUCCAGAAAGGCUUUUUCUCAAUCUAAUGACUGGAACAAAUGUUCCUGAUUAUCACAACAUUGCUUGUCAAGUUGAAGCAAGUUUCUCAGUACAGAAUAUAUUCUUAAGAUGUAUAGAAAAUGGCAACAAAUAUGAAGAAGUUUUAGAUCAAUACCCAGCUGAUUUAUUUCCAGAUUCAGAAUUCAAAUUUAUCAUCAAAGUAAGAGUGAACGGCAGCCAAAUAUUGGAUAUAGAUAUCGGAGAAUCAUAUGCUGGGAGCUUGGAAUUAAAACACAAUUUACGUGACAUAACAUUCUUGUCUCUAAGCAACGAUAUAACUAAAGUCGAUGAAUUAAAGUUUAGAUUUGCUUAG